CUUUUGGAAGUGUUGGGGCAAAUUUGUUGGGAUCCUUUUUUUGUGACGACGCACGGGUAGCGCGGGUGGACAGCCACGCGCAAAACUGCGCGGGGUACAGCCCGAGCGACGCGCGAGGUCGAGGAGGGACGUGUGGAGGGGGCCUGGAAGGCGAGUGCGAAUCGUUGCCGCCAAUCCAAUAAGUCUAGGGUUAAGGCUACAGUGCAGGGACCCGCGCGCGACGCCCCCCUCAUCACUCGCCGCUGGAACGCGCCUGUCAACACCCCAGUCACCCAAUCCCAAGCAAACCUCUCCACCACCCGCUGAACUGCGCCUCUCGUCUUUCGCCCAGAGGGUGAGCAGGUGAGGCACGGACAGACGGAACGGACGAGUGGACGGCCGGACGGACGGACGGACGUCAGAGGCGGUGCCUGUGGGCAGGCGGGCGGUCCCUCGCCUUCAUCCCCAUUGAGUGCGUGCCGCCUGCCUGCCACCCCACGACAGCCAUCAACCUCCCCAUAGCAGCACCACUCCCAGCAGCGGAGUGCCGCAUUGCAGCUUCAUUUGGUUGGAUCCGCCUCACAUGGACGACCAACACGUGGAGGGCGGUGGGCGGUGUGUGCGGUACGGAGUGGUGGGGUGCGGCAUGAUGGGCGAGGAGCACAUCCGCAACCUGGCCGCCAUGGCGGGCCGCACCCCCCUCACGGGCGGCGUGCACGUGGAGCUGGUGGCCCUCGCCGACCCGCACCCGCCCUCGCUGGCCAAGGGGCUGGCGGCUGCUGCCACUGCCGGGUGGAGCAACGUGCAGGUGUUUCCCGACGUGAACAGCCUGCUGGCAAGCAGCACGUGCGAGUGCGACGUGCUGGUGGUGGCGGCGCCCAACAUGACCCACGCCGCCCUGCUGGCCGCCAUCCUCAGGCACCCGCGGCGCCACCACGUGCUGGUGGAGAAGCCCCUCGCCACCACCGUCAGGGGCUGCGACAUGGUGAUUGCCCUGGCGGCCGCGCGCGAGCCGCCCUCAGCAGGCGUGGUGCAGGUGGGGCUGGAGUACCGCUUCAUGCCGCCCGUGGCCGCGCUGCUGCACGAGGUGCGCGGGGGGGCCGUGGGGCGCGUGCACAUGGUGGCCAUCCGCGAGCACCGCUUCCCCUUCCUCGUCAAGGUGGGCGACUGGAACCGGUUCAGCGCCAACAGCGGCGGCACGCUGGUGGAGAAGUGCUGCCACUUCUUCGACCUCAUGAACCUCAUCCUCCACGACACCCCCACGCGCGUCAUGGCGUCGGGCGCGCAGAGCGUCAACCACCUCGACGAGGAGUACGGCGGCAAGGCGUCGGACAUCCUGGACAACGCGUAUGUGAUCGUGGAGUACAGCGGGGGCGGGCGGGCGUGUCUGGACCUCUGCAUGUUUGCUGAGGGCUCGCGCAACGAGCAGGAGAUAUGCGUGGUGGGGGACAAGGGCAAGGUGGAGGCGCUGGUCCCGGAGGGCAUAGUGAGGGUGGGCAGCAGAGAAGGCGGCAGGGUUGGCGUUGUCACCCGCACGUGCACAGAUGACAGAAUCCAGUACGAGGGGCUGCACCACGGGGCCAGCUUUAUCGAGCACCUUCAGUUCCUGCGUGCCAUCGCCGGCCCCGCUGCCGCGGCGCACCACCUGGCGGGCUUGGAGGCGGGGCGCGUAGCUGUGGCCAUGGGCAUAGCGGCGCACGUGUCCAUUGACACGGGCCGCCCGGUGGUGCUGGCUGACGUUCUCUCGCAGGCCGCUGUGUGGCUGCCAGGCGAGGCUGGCGAGGAGGAGGCCCUUGCCAAAGGGGCCCUUGGCUGAGCUGAGGAGCAUGAGACGGAGUGCUGCUUUGUAGUAUCAUAAAUUACAUGUACGCACUGUAGCUGUAACAAUGGUUUGUAUUAGAGUAGUGGGAAAGUUGGGAUACAAAACGAGAGCUGUGCUAAGAACUAAACUAGCUAGGCUAUAAACAAAUAUGACCUAGCUGAUCUAUAUAAAUAUUUUUGUUGACA